AUGGCGGUAUCUGGAAGCAACUUUUCAUUGGCUGUUAAAAAGCAUAUGCGUAUGAGCAUACCUUAUAUCCUUCCACCAUGGGGUGCGUUCAAAAAUUCUACCCUGGGUAAAGAAGCAACUAUUAUUAAUAAGCCUAUUCUUGGGCGUCAUAUUCCUUAUUGUUUAGAAAAUGGUGACACAAUAAUUCAAAACGGUAUAAUUUUAGUAACUGAUCAACACGAUGGGUUAGUCUAUGCUUGUCAAGCUACAACAGAAAACCUCAAGUUAUUGAAGGUUAUUCCUACAUUUGCAUUUGAAUCCUCAGCUUCUCCAAUGCUUGUUGUAUCUUUAGAGCCACAAGUAGAUUCAAACCAGAUUACAAAAAGUUCAGGCACAAAGUGGUCAAAAGAUGCCGUACUUUUUUUAAUUAAACAGUGGAAAAAAAAUUCGUCUAAAUUUGCAAGUACAACAAUUAGAAAUGAUGAGGUGUGGAAGGAUAUAACCAAAGCAUUAGAAGACGCAGGUUUCACCGGGUAUACCUGGAAACAAGCUCAAGAUAAAUGGAAAUAUAUUCGUAAAGGAUAUAUGAAAAUGAAAGAUAAUAUUGGGGAUAAAAGUAGUAGUGCAUCAAGAAUAACAUGUAAAUUUUUUGAUGAACUUGACGAAGUUUUUAGAAAGAGUCCAAGUGUCGAACCAAUAAGUGUAGCAUCUUCUCGUAACUUCACAAGUUUGCCAAGUGAAGACACUGAUUCAGAUUCAGAUAAAAAAUUUUCUCAAUAUUAGCCUGAGAAAAAGAAGAGAAAGCUUGAUAAAGAUACUUCUACAUGGAUGUCAACUUUUAGAGAUGCUGCCAAGGCAAGAGAAAUAGCACGAGAGGAACGUCAUCAGCAAACAUUAGAGGUCCUUAAUAGAGCUGUUGAUACCUAUGAAACUGUAAUGCAAAAACUAAUUGAUAAAUUGUAAGCCUACUUUUGCCUCUAAUUAGUUUGUUGCAAUUGCUUGUAAUUUUUGAAAGUUCCUACUUUUUUGCAUUUCUUAAUUUUUAUUAAAAAUGGAUGAUCGUACCAUUUUUUU